UCGAGGCUGAGCGGCCCCCGCGGCGUCGGGAUGCAGCGCGCCGAGGUCGGCGCGGCCCGAGCCCGCGGCGUGUGCGCGAGGCCCAAGCACGUGAACCACAUAUCGCUGGCGUCUGGGCGGAGUGACGCGGCCGACCGGGAGAGGAUCCGGCGCAUCUACGAGCCGUCGGGCACAGGCCCCGAGGCCGAGCAGUUGCGGGAAGCGUACAGCUACCCGUCCUUCGACCUCGUGCUGUCCAGGCUGCUCAAGAGCUCCACGUACGAUCCCUCCGACCUUCAGCCGCACAAGUUCGAGGAGUGUUCCAGGAUGCCCGUGCUGAAGCUCAAGUGAGGGGUGGAGGUCCGGCAGCGUGGUCGGCGCGAUUGCCGCG